GCAGCUCUUUUUUAUACCCCGUACUAUCUAAUACUUCUCCGUCGCUACUGUUCAAUUCAAGAUUCAUGUAUGUACUUUGUAUUGAUGUCAUUUCUUGUUGAAUCUUGUAAAAUUUGACUUCGGAUACAUUGCGAGUCCAUGAACUCUGAUUACAACAAUUAUAAACUUGAUGGCUUGAUGCUAAACAGUAACGUUGCAAAUCAGAUUACAUGAAGUAGGAUAUGAUUUUGGAAUUAAUUUUGUGUAGUGGCAUUAGGUUAGGAUACUCUGGUAACUGACAAUCUGUUUGGUUGAGACCUAAACCAGUUGUUUGUUUGUUCUUCCGAUAAAAUUAUGUCCUGCAAAAUAUUUGGAAGACAGAGUUCGGGAAACCCUAGGGCAUCGAGUGGAAUUAAUUUUGUGUAGUGGCAUUAAUUUUGUGUAGUGGCCCAAUCAGAUUCCCGUAACUAAAACUUUCAACGGGAAAGUGAUGUAGUGCGCCUAGAGGAGGAGUACCACUUAAGGCAUCGAGUGGCAUAAUCGUGACGAGCUAACCUUGUCAGCUGAACCUUGCCGAGCUCACCUUGUGAACUGAGCUCCUGAGCUGACGCCUACUUAGGGCCAGUCUGUCGGGGUUAGCCCUUAUGGGCGAGGCUUGAUUGGGCCUAAUCUGCCGUUUUGGAAAAUAUUCCGUUUGCUUAUAACUUUUAGUAGGAAACUCCAAUUCUGUCCGUUCUUUUUGGAGAAGUCUUAUUUUUUUCCUUUAUUUUUUGAACAUGUAAUAGUUUUGGGUUUUUACACAAUUAGUGUUUUUUCGUUUUCCUACUAGGGUUAGGGCUUGCUGCCUUAUAAUAAGUUGUAAGCCUUAGGGCUAAACAUUUAGUUUUUGAUUAUUAUUGAAUGACAAAGAGUCUAGAGAGAGUUUCUCUAAAUUUAUCCCGUUUGUGAUUGUCCUUGUUGCACGUUCGAUCUUGUUUCGUAUUAUGCCCUGCAUCAGUUGGUAACAGAGCUUCAAGUUCCAAACCUGACCAUGGCUGCAAGACGUGCAGUUGGAGGUCGAGGGGGAUGAGGUGAUUGUACAGCUUUUGUGGAUGACGUUUAUGAACGGGAUGAUGUCGCGCGAGAAGCACGAACAGAGGUGCGGAUUCAACAACUCGAGCAGCGAUUGGGGGACGCCAUCGGUACCCUAGCCGAUUAGGCUGCUGCCCUGGCUGUUGCAAGCCGGCCUCGCCGUUUUCUGAUUCAAUCUUGGUUUCCGAAAGAGGAGGAGGUAUCGGAUGAUGUUUCUAUCACCAUACCUUUGUUUGGUAACCAUCAGUCAAAGAGGAGGACAAGGGCGGUUGUGGUUUGUAAUCAGGAUCGGCGACUUUGGAAGACUGGUUCAAAGAUCAACUUUCCUGAGUUCAAGAAAGGUAUGACACCAGAAAAAAUCUUAAAGGUUAGUACAGGAGAAAAAAAAGUCAUAGAAGAAUUUCUAGUUGAGGGAGACGUAGGAGACUUUCUUGAUGAUGUGUUAGAGGAAGAGUCUGAUAAAAUAUUUUCGGACAAUAAUCCGUUGUCGUUUCAGUUAGAAAUUGAUUGGGAGUCACCUCCAAAAUAUGAUGAGUACCCGGACGAUGAGUAUGAUAUAUGUGAACUUAUCAUUGUUGAUGGUGCUCACGUUGCAAUUCAAGAAACUGGAAGAAUAGCUUUGCCUAAGAAAAAUGCUUCUGAAGCUAGCCCACUAUCCAUUAGUGCAGCUAGUCUGAUGGAUAUUUCUAUUAAUCAAGAGCAAGGUGAUAAAGAAUGUGCAUUUGAUUGCAUCCCAGUCAAAGAACUAAAUAACUUGAAGGAGCCAAGCUCUGUUUUUGCUAAUGGCUCAUGGGUUUUUCCGAGUAGUGAAAUCCCACCAAUCAUAAGAUGCGACAACCCUACUAUGAUCAAUGGAUUCUCUUUCCAAGAUGGUAAAGUGACAGAAGAUGGUAAUUGGGUUUUCUAUGGUGGAGCUUGGGAUGGUUACUUUUUGGUUGUAGCCUCUUAUACAAACGUGAAUAGGGGUACAAAACUGAUGGGAAAGAUAAAUUUGAGGUACAAAGCAGAUGCCGAUAAUCAAAGACGUGCCAAGUUACUCCAAGCAAAACUUGAGGACGAGUUUUCUCAAGCGGGGGAGAAUGAUGCAGUGCGCCUAGAGGAGGAGUACCACUUAAGGCAUCGAGUGGCAUAAUCGUGAUGAGCUAACCUUGUCAGCUGAACCUUGCCGAGCUCACCUUGUGAGCUCACCCUUGCCGAGCUCACCUUGUAAGCUGAGCUUCUGAGCUGACGCCUACCUAGGGCCAGUCUGUCGGGGUUAGCCCUUAUGGGCUAGGCAUGAUUGGGCCUAAUCUGCCGUUUUGGAAAAUAUUCCGUUUGCUUAUUACUUUUAGUAGGAAACACCAAUUCUGUCCUUUCUUUUUGGAGAAGUCUUAUUUUUUCCUUUAUUUUCUGAAUAUGUAAUAGUUUUGGUUUUUCCGCAAUUAGUGUUUUUUCGUUUUCCUACUAGGGUUUGGGCUUGCUGCCUUUAUAAUAAGUUGUAAGCCUUAGGGCUAAACAUUUAGUUUUUGAUUAUUAUUGAAUGACAAAGAGUCUAGAGAGAGUUUCUCUAAAUCUAUCCCGUUUGUGAUUGUCCUUGUUGCACGUUCGAUCUUGUUUUGUAUUACGCCCUGCAUCAGAAAGAGCCAUAGAGGCAUCCGUAUCGAUUUUGUUGACUACUUUUUUUUACUAACUUCAGUUUAAAUAUGGAUAAUGCAUCUCAUACCGAAUUGUUAUAUGGCAAAUCUCGUAGGAGAUCUUGAAACUCACUCCCCAACACUAAUGACUGAUACGAUGAAAUGUCACUUUGGUUCAUGUCUACCUGGUCUUGGUUUUUUGGAUAGAGGAAAUUAGGCCCAAAACACAAAACUAUGGGUGGGGUUGAAUAAACCAAGUAUUUGUUGCAGGGUCUGCAAGUGUUUCACCAAAGGGACAUGUGGAAAUGUGGAAUGCUUGCAGGGAUAGUUUAGAAAGCAACUAAGAAUCUUUUGGUGCGCUGGAAAAUAUGACUUGAAGAAGAAUCUCUCAGAAGAGAGAGAAGAAAUUCCCUUCAUGGUGCUGGAAAUGGAAAAUGUGGAGUAGCAGAGUGAAUAUACCCUGCUAUUGCUGUGGAAGAAAUUUCAAGCAGAAGGUCAGCUAGUGUUUGUAUGUUAGUAAAUGAACUCUUAGGCAUUGGUCGUCAGCCCAUAACAGUCUCUAUGAAAGUGCCACUCGCACUCAAUGAAAGCCCAGAACUAGUGGGUUUGUUCACAAUUGGUUAUUCAAUAUAAUAGUAUUUAUGUUUUUCUACUGCCAAUCAGAUAGGUAGGGGGGACGCCGAGUAUUCAUUGAGCUAAAUCCUAUGUUUAUGAUAUUAUUCUGGUGCCAUCACACAGAGAUCUGGGGUUGAGAGAGAUUUUGGGUGCUCCCCUAACCUGAUCAAUCUGUUGCUACUAUGUUGAGAGAGAUUUGCAUGCAUCUGUGAUCUUUUGCAGAAUGUAAUCUCCUUUUCCUAAAUUUCAAUUCUCUCUCCGUUUCUUUUUACCAAGUGAAAUUUGGGUUUCAGGCACUUGCUAAGGAGAUUGUGAGGUCAAGGCGAACUGUCAACCGUCUCUAUGAAAA